AUGAAAUGCAUUCUUUUUGUGGUUGCUUCAGUGAUGGCUGCGUUUUCUCAUGAUGACCUAGGCAGUGUGAUCAUCUCGAUCCGAAAGCUGCACGACAGCACACCGUACAGUACGUUUUAUGAGGUUUUAGGAGUGUCUGAGGCAUCAGAUUUCAACACGAUUAAGAAGCAAUACCAAAAAAUAAUGAGAAGUAAGGUUCCUUUGCCUGAAAUCAACAAAAGAGAGGAUGCCAUUGCCAUUGUGACCGAGGCAUAUAACAUCCUUAAGAACAAGAAAGAUGCAUACGAUCUAAUUCUUUCAAACUCAUACAUGUAUCUCGGAAACAAGAAAAACUUCAAUAAUAGCUUUUAUUUACUUCUGCUAUCUGGAAUAGCAUCGUCUAUUACCAUAGUCAUAGCUGUCUUUGCAUUCAAACGCCUUAUGUCCAUGCAAACACCCAGUAAGCAUAGGAACAGCGGUAGCAAGGAUAGUAUUUUGAAAAAAGCAUCUUUGACAAAUGUACAUGCGCCUAGCUCAUCAAAGUCUUCGAUUAAAUCCAAGAUAUGA